AUGUUGCGGUUUCCAGGGCCUUCGGGCGCCUACGACCUUUCGGUCUUGUUGAAGGCCGUCGGAUAUCUCACCCUGAUCGGCCUCGCGAGAUUUCUCUAUCUCCUAUAUCAGAAUCGGAUGCUAUUCCGACGAGUCCAGAAGGACUACGGAAUUGCGAUGCUGCCUCACUCGCUUCUUUUCGGCCACCUACCCGUCAUUGCUAAGGUCGCUAUGAAGUACAAGAUGCCGCGGGAUGCCCACGGCCACUGGAUGAUCCUCUACCUCAAGCGGGAAUAUCCUGAGAUCACGAAUAAAGGCAUCAUCUAUAUGGAUGUCUGGCCCGUGGGAUAUCCGAUGGUUGCUGUCUACGACCCGGACAUGAUGGCGCAGUUCACCCAGGAGCACAGUCUUCCCAAAUUCUGGGCGAUGGGACAGGUCGAGUUCAAACCCUUCACCAACGGCGAGGACCUCGUAACCCUCGAGGGACCGGAGUGGAAGGCCGCUCGCAGUCUGUUCAACCCCGGCUUCUCCAUGAAGAACCUGCUCUCGCUUGUCCCGGACAUGAUAGAGGAGACCCUCGUCUUCCGUGAGCGGCUGCGGAAAGCUGCCGAGUCCGGCGAGAUCGUGAAACUCGAGGAGUACACGACCGACGUAACCGUGGACGUGAUCGGACGCACCGUGCUCGGCACCCGUCUAGAGACGCAAAAGAAGCCGAACCUGCUGAUGCGCACGAUGAGGUCGCAGCUCGCGCUGCUCUACUUCGAGCUCAACUUUGCCAAGCUCCUUAACCCGCUUCGACCGCUGCGCCACUGGUUGUAUAACCGCACAAUCCGCCGCGAGAUCAUGCCGUAUAUCCUCGAUACGGCCCGCAACUACGAGAGGAUCGAGGGGCCCAAGACGAUCAUCGCGCUCGCGCUCAAGACGUUCGCUGCCGAGAAAGGGGCGGUAGCAACAGGCCGAGGGGGCCUUAGUCGCAGCGACGUUGACAACAUCCCCGCCGCCUUUCUCGAGCGCAUCGUCAAGCACAUCAAGAUAUUCAUGUUCGCGGGUCAUGACACGACUGCGACUGCGCUCGCGUAUGCCUACGCGCUGCUCGGUCAGCACCCGGACAAGCUAGCGGCCCUACGCGCCGAGCACAACGCUGUGCUGGGCCCAGACCCGCGUGAUGCGGCGGACCGCCUGCGCGCUGACCCAGCGCUUCUCGGGAAGCUGCCGUACACACUGGCCGUGCUUCGCGAGACGCUGCGCCUGUUCCCGCCGGUCGGCGGGUCGAUCCGGCAAGCCCCACCAGGCCACCUUCUCGUGGACCCGGUGACGGGCGUGCCGACGUAUCCGACGCACGGCUUUAUGCUGCACUCGUCGGCGGCGACAACGCAGCGAGACCCUGACCGGUGGCCUGACGCCGACACAUUCGUGCCCGAGCGGUUCCUCCCGGCAACGGCGGGGGCUGGGAAGGAGGGUGGGGGAGAUAACCCGCUGCGCGUGCCGCGCGGCGCCUGGCGCCCCUUUGAGAUGGGACCCCGCAACUGCAUCGGCCAGGAGCUCGUCUCCGUCGAGGUCCGGCUCAUCCUUGCUCUGACCGCACGCGAGUUCGCCGUCGAGCAGGCGUACCCCGCCGGCGCCCCGGUGUGGAUGGGAACACCUGCCUACCAAGUCUCCGACCCGGAGCUCGUGGCCACAGCGCACAUCAAGGAUGGCCUGCCGGUCCGGGUCAAGGCCAGCGGUAGGUAG